AUGGCGGAUCCCGUCGUGCCUGUUGACGGACUUGUCGUUCCUGCCUCUAAUGGCCUCCCCCCUCACUCCCAGGAUUCCGUCAUCAAUCUCGACCAUGGGGAUCCAAUGAUAUAUGAGAAGUUUUGGAAGGAAACAGGGGAUGUGUCUUCAUUUAAAAUAGAAGGAUGGGAAAACUUGAGCUACUUUUCGAACCGGAAUAAUCUCUGUUGGUUUCUCCACCAUGAGUUUGCUAGUCAAGUCCGUCGAAUCCAUAGACUCGUGGGCAAUGCUUCUGUCGAUGAAAAUUGCCACAUUGUUGUAGGUAAUGGCUCCACACAACUAUAUCAAGCCGCCAUCUACGCUCUCUCCACUCAUCCAAGCUUGGCUGAGACCUGCCGCCCCAUACCCGUCGUCUCCGUUGUUCCUCAUUACUCGGGUUAUCCGGCAGCUACAGACGUCCUCCAAUCCGCGCUCUACAAAUGGACCGGUGACGCUAACUCCUUUGAUCCUCAUACAACAGACCCUUUUAUCGAAGUCAUCUGCUCGCCAAACAACCCCGACGGCCGCCUGAACACCUCCGUCUUCAAACAAAUAACGAAUAAUAUCCACGACCUCGCCUACUACUGGCCGCAAUACACGCCGAUCACAAACGCGGCUGAUCACAAUAUAAUGCUCUUCAGCGUCUCCAAGUGCACAGGCCAUGCCGGGAGCCGGCUGGGCUGGGCGCUGGUGAAAGAUAAGGAGGUGGCGAGGAGAAUGGUCCAGUUCGUGGAACUUGGAACCAUCGGCGUGUCGAAGGACUCUCAGCUUCGCGCGGCCACGAUUUUGAGGGCGGUGGCGGAUGGCUACGAAGAGGGCGGCGGUUACAAACUUUUCCAUUUUGGAAGGAAGGUGAUGACAGAACGGUGGAACCGGCUCCGACAAGUUGUCACGGCGAAUGGCGCGUUCAGCUUGGUGGAGUACCCGCCCCCAGCUUAUUGUGGCUUCAUGGGAGAGGAGACCUCUCAUUUGCCUGCUUUCGCAUGGCUGAAGUACGAAGGAAAUCUUGACAUUGAGGACACCGCGAACUUCCUGAGGACAGAACACAGCAUGUUGACUCGGAGCGGGAAGCAUUUUGGGACGGACAGCAAGUAUGUGAGGAUCAGCUUGCUGGAACGUGAGGAGACGUUCAAUAUCUUCAUUGACCGGAUGUCUUCAAUCUUCUAA